AUUAACCGCCCAACAGUCGCGUCGCGUCACAUCAAGCCGCUGCUUGUGGAGUUUCACACAGACGCGCAGCGACGCGCAGCCCGCGGAAGUUUCUUAUGAGACUUUUUCUCUUUUCUUUAGUGUAUUUGUGUGUUUGACUGGCAGCGAGGAACACGUGCAGACUUUAAACACAAACAAACAAACAAACAAACAUCACGAUGAGAACAACACCGCUGUAAUCACACACUGUGCACCUCUUUUUCCAGAGCUCAUGAUUCUCUAACCCUGCGUCGCAUAGACCUGAAGUGUGUAUCUGCAGCAUUCCGAAAUAUUCGGCAGUUUUCCGAUCAUGUCCUUUAUCCCGGCAGAGAGUUACCAGCCUGUGGUGGAGUGGUUGAGCGGCCUCCGGCUCGACCAGUACUGCCCUGCAUUCCAGGAGGCUGGACUGGGAAUGUUGUGGGAAUGCCAGGAUUUAACAUCUGCAAAACUUCAGCAGAUGGGUGUGGCACUUCCCGGCCAUAGGAAGCGGAUUCUCGGGAGUCUACGCAAGCUUUUACCCUCAGAGGCGGGGAUGGAAGAAGACGAGGAGAGAGAUGAAGACAGACCCGUUCCCAGAGAGAGGACGAAAUUUCAAAAGUCUGCAGAAGGGUCGUCUGAAGGGGCGGAACUGCCAAAUGAGUACAACAGCAACCUGGACAAUCGCCCGCCUCCCGUCCCGCCUCGGGUCAUGCCCAAUCGGCCUCCUAUUCCCUUUACGUCUGGAUCUGUAAUCAUGGCAACAGCCCUUGACCCCAACACGGAGACAAACACUGUACAACUCCCAACCAUUCCUGAGACUAAAACAGCCACACCUGCUGAUCGAUCCAAACCCACCCCGCUUCCGAGGCCGCGCCCGGAACACCUGACUCUUAGAGAGCCUCCGCAACAACCCCAGAAGUACGAGAAGAAACGAUCACCUAUAUCGCCCUCUCUCUCUUCCAUUUUCCCUGCAUCAUCACCUUCCUCUUCCGAUCAGAUCCACCUGUAUGAGCAGUGUUCCUCGCAAGGAGAAUUGGGCGCUCCACCUCUUCCUCCUAAGAGCUACACUAUGGGUGUGUCGAAGGAACCCAAAGAUGCCCAGUCAUGCCCUCCGGUCCCAUUCAGACCUCCCAUUCCACCCCCUCGUAUCUCCGUCUCCACAAGGACUACAAAUUCUAGAAACACCUCUUCCGGAAGCACGCCCAGUUUCAGCUCUCCUGUGGAUGAUCUCUGGGAAACAGAUCGAGCUCCUGAUAUUCCACCUCGGAUCAGAUCUCCAAGGAGAGAAGUCCCGCUGCCAGCCAUCAGAAACAAGUUGGAUUCAGCAGGAAGUUCAGGCGAAUAUGACGAUCAUGACUCGGACAACUGCAGAGGCGCUAAACUCAUAGACCUGGACAACAAGAAGUCUUUGAUGGUUCCCAUGGAGACGAAACUCCGUUACAACAGCCUGUGCAGCGAGGACGAGCUACUGGACGAUGACAGCGACUGUUAUGAAUCCAUAACAGUAGCACGGGGUUCAUGGAUUGAAGAUUUCGGUUUGAUCCCCAGCUGUCAGGACAGCAUCUACCUGCCAAAAACAGGACAUGUUAAUGCCCCGCCCCCUCGUGAAGACUCCGCCUCCACUCUCUCCCCCAUCAUUAAAAUGGGCUGGCUUUACAAGAAUCCUCCACAGGGGUCUCUGAUCUAUCAGCACCGUUGGGUUAAACUGGAUGCCGAGUACAUGAGAUACUUUGACAGUGAGAAGGACGUCUAUUCCAAGCGGAUCAUUCCAACUGCGUCCAUCACGGGGGUCGUCAAUGUGGGUGAUCAGAAGUUUGAAGUGGUGACACACAAUCGCACUUUCCUGUUCCGAGCGGAAAGUGACUCGGAGAGGAACGAGUGGGUGAGUGUGUUGAAGAAUUGUGUCGGAGCGUGUCGGCCGUGUGGAAGUCUGGAUUUGACCUUUAACCCGUGUGUGACCUCUGAGAUGAAAGGUUAUCUGGAGCUGCGCGGGCUGCGCUCGAAACUCUACACAGUCGUGUGCGCAGAUAAAGUGUUUCUCUACAAAAACAUCGAGGAUUAUCGGUUGGGAAUAGGAAUCACCUCUAUUGAUAUGAAUGUUGGGAAUGUGAAAGAGAUGGACCGAACAGCUUUUGAUCUGACCACACCGUACCGCAUAUUCAGUUUCAGUGCAGAUUCAGACCAGUUGAAGGAUCAGUGGGUGGAGGCGAUGCGUGAUUCUAUCGCAGCGGCAUUGUCCAAUUAUGAAGUAGCUGAGCGGAUCUGGGCAGAGCCGUCCAAUCAGAUGUGUGCAGACUGCGGCGCUGCUAAACCCGAGUGGGUGGCGAUCAACCUGGCCGUGGUAUUCUGCAAGCGAUGCGCAGGAGAACAUCGAGGACUGGGCCCAAGCAUUUCAAAAGUAAGGAGUCUCAAAAUGGACAAGAAGGUUUGGACUGAACAGCUCAUCCAGUUGUUCCUAACUCUUGGAAACGAGCGAGCCAAUCAGUUUUGGGCGGCGAAUGUACCGCCGAGUGAGGCGUUGAUGGCGAUCAGCAGCAGCGAGGAGCGACGGCGUUUCAUCACAGCGAAAUACUGCGAGGGGAAAUACCGCCGAUAUCACCCGCUGUUCGGCAACCAGAGAGAACUCAACAACGCGUUGUGUAUUAACGUUCAGUCCAGCGAUGUGUACGAGACGUUGGCUUUGGUUUUCUGCGGCGCCGAUGUGAACUGCGACACGGGCGACCCGGAUCUGCCCUCGCCGAUCGCCCUGGCGCGACAUCACGGCCAGAACCUACAGCUGGAGUUUCUCACCCAGAACCGCAACACAGAGCUCCCAAGGUCAGAGGUGAAGGUUGCCAUAGAUACGGUGCACUACAUGGCCCCGCCCUCCAUCACACAUAACGGCUUCCUCUUUAAGACCGCCUCCAUGGCUCGACCAGUCACAGAGAAGAAGAGCAAAGAAGAGUUCAGUCGGCGCUGGUGUGUUCUGAGUGACGGUCAUUUUAGCUACUAUGAAAGUGAUAAAAACGCGACACCAAAUGGCGGACUGAAGAUGAGAGAGAUUGUUUGUCUCGCCGUCAACCCCGCGGAGACUCAUGGGUAUGAUCACACAUUUGAGUUGUACUCUGAUAUGGAGCGCUUGUAUCUGUUUGGAAUUGAUAAUCCAGAAAUCAUGCGUGAGUGGGUCAAGUCCAUCGCUAAGUCAUUUAUUCCAGUCGGAGCGGAGGAUCUGGUACUAAAAGACUUUGAGCGCAUCGGCCGACUGCGUUAUAAAGACGGUCUGAAUCUAGAGAGCUCCAGACUGGCCUGGUUCUGUCUGGUGGGGUCGAAUCUGCACAUCCGUGUGGACGAACAUCCCAGAGAUGAGACUGUGGACCUGCAGAAACUCCUGGAGCUCUCGAUCCAGCCGGAGAAUGAAGUUCUAGUUCUAGUGGAGAGAGGCAGGACGCUGUACAUCGAGGGCUAGAGGAAGUUGGAUUUUCAGGGCUGGGCGGCGAUCCAGAGAGCAGCAGGAAGUUCAGGAGACACACUGAGUCAACAGCAGCUGACGGAGGCCAAUAUUCCUGUGAUAGUGGAGCGCUGCAUUCACUUCACCACUCAAUACGGUCUGACCUCAGAGGGCAUCUAUCGGAAGAGUGGGGUGAACAGUAGGAUCGCCGCCCUGCUGGAGGAGUUCCGGCGUGACGCGAGGUGUGUGUGGCUGAAGGAGGGAGAACAUCAGGUGGACGAUGUGUUCAAUGUUCUCAAGAGGUUCUUCAGAGACAUCCAGGACGGGUUGUUUGGACAGCAGGCGCACAACUGGCUCAGCACUACAGAUGUUUCAGAUGAAAGCAGUCGAGUCUCUCAGUAUCGUCUGUUGCUCAGUGACCUGCCGCUAGUCAAUCAGGCGACGCUACGAGCGCUAGUCAAUCAUUUAUACUGUGUCCAUCGGUUUGCCGAUCUCAAUCAAAUGAAUCUUCAUAAUCUCGCUAUCGUGUUCGGACCGACUCUCUUCCAGACAGACGGGAAGGAUUACAACGCCGGCCGAGUCAUCGAAGAUCUCAUCCAACACUACGUCACCAUAUUCGAUGUGAACGAGCAGCAGUUAAAGACACAGUUAGAUGAGAUCACAUACAUCAUAAAACUGAGAGAAAACCUCAAUCCUAAAGCUGGACCGGCCAGUGGGGAUUUCAUUUGUACUGUUUACCUGGAGGAGAAAAAGGAAACGGCCGAACAGCAUGUAAAGAUUCCCGCUGCAAUGACGGCAUCAGAAUUGACGUUUGAGAUUCUGGACCGGCGGAAAAUCAUUUUGAGAGAGAAAGACUACUGGUGCUGUUUCGAAGUCAACGAGAAAGAGGAGACGGAGCGUCCGUUGCACUAUCAGGAGAGAGUUCUGCCCAUCAUACAUUCACUCGGCACAGACUGUUACCUGCUCGUCAAAAAACACUUCUCCAUGGAGGCCAUGCUCGUCUACCUGGGCUCUAAAGUGGAAGUGUCUAAACACGGUAUGAUGAAGUUUCGAGAGGAGAGAAGUUUACUGGGUUUGAGCUCUGGAAGCUUCAAUGAUCGAUACUUCAUACUGAACAACAUCUCGCUUAGACUCUAUAAAGAAGUCCGGAAUCUACAAAAGCUACAAAACCCAGAGCUGCAGUGUAGUAAUCGUCCAGAGAAGGAGUGGCCAAUCAAGUGUCUGAAGGUUUAUCACGGCAUUAAAAAGAAGCUUCGCCCACCUACUUGCUGGGGUCUAACAGUCAUCUAUGAGACGGAGAAACAGGACAAGCAGGAAAAACAACAAUGGUAUCUCUGCUGCGAUACACAGAAUGAAAUGAGAGAAUGGUUCGCUACAUUUCUGAGCAUUCAGAACGGGGGUCGCGUCUGGCCAGCGGAGUGGUUGAAGUCCCGCGAUGCGUGUCGCUCGGCGCCUCUGGACACUCGUUUUGGUAACGUGUCAUUGAUUCCGCUGCGCGGCAGCGAAAACGAGAUGAGGAACAGUGUCGCCGCUUUCACAGCUGAUCCUCUCGCCCUCUUUAGAAAUGUUUGACGAU